CCAUCUCAUGCGUGUUGAUUGGUUCGUUGCGCCACCGCAUUGGCAGCCUGGGCAGCCGCUUGUAGCUGACCGCUUGCAGCCGUUAUCGGUGCUCCGAGCCGUUUGUGUUGUGCUCGCGCUCCAGUGAAUCUCUGUCCGCGUCAGCAUGGGCGUUGAAGUGCAGACCAUCUCUCCCGGCGACGGUCAGACAUUCCCAAAAAUUGGUCAGACAGUUGUGGUCCACUACACAGGUACCUUGGCAGAUGGUGCAAAGUUCGACUCGUCACGGGAUAGGGGCAAGCCAUUCAAGUUUCGCAUUGGCAAAGGGGAAGUCAUUCGCGGCUGGGACGAGGGUGUUGCUCAGAUGAGUGUCGGCCAACGAGCCAAGCUGAUCUGCUCUCCAGAUUAUGCCUAUGGAGCCAUGGGCCACCCUGGUAUAAUCCCGCCCAACGCCGUGCUCACAUUCGACGUGGAACUGCUGCGGCUUGAGUAAAAGGCACGGUUGCUCCACGUGCCCCCAGCUCUCCGAGCAAGCGUCAGCGCCGUGCCUGGCUCCUGACUUCGCUCACCUCUCGCCCAAACCCCACCACCAAGCGUUUCUGUUUGUUUGUUUCAUUUGUUUUGUCUCCUCC